AUGCCUGCGCCGACCGCCCUGCAACGCGCGCCCGCAGCGCUCGCGGAAAACGUCGACAUGGCUGACGCCGUGGCCGUACCGCUCCCCGCCGAAGACGAUGCGCCGCUCGUCGACAUGGACACCACCGCUGCGCCUGCGCCAGUCCACGACCCCGCACAAUCCGACGCGCAAGACGUGCCCACAACCGACGAGUCAGGCCGGCCAGUCUUCCCCAAGAGCGGUGUGAUACCGCUGGCAUUCAAGCGCGAGCGAAGAAACGUACCGGUCCCCCCCCACAGGAUGUCGCCCCUGAAGACCAACUGGCCCAAGAUCUACCCCCCGCUCGUCGAGCACCUCAAGCUGCAAGUGCGCAUGAACACGUCCAAGAAGAGCGUGGAAAUGCGGACGAGCUCGGCGACAACCGACACGGGCGCGCUCCAGAAGGGCGAGGACUUUGUCAAGGCCUUCUGCCUCGGCUUCGACGUCGACGACGCCAUUGCGCUUCUCCGGCUCGACGACCUGUACAUUGAGACCUUUGAGAUCAAGGACGUGAAGACGCUGCAGGGCGAGCAUCUCGGGCGCGCCAUUGGCCGUAUCGCUGGGAAAGACGGCAAGACCAAGUUCGCCAUCGAGAACGCGUCGCGGACCAGAGUCGUGCUGGCGGACCAGAAGAUCCACAUCCUCGGCGGCUUCAAGAACAUCCACAUCGCCCGCGAGGCCAUCGUCUCGCUCAUCCUGGGCUCUCAGCCUGGCAAGGUGUAUGGCAACCUGCGGACGGUUGCGGGGCGCAUGAAGGAGCGGUUUUAG